CAAUUAAUGGACUGGAAGGACUUGGAACCGCUCUGGAUUAUAAAAACUCGAUUAGACCCAGUCUUAAGAAGUUUCAAAUGAUGCUGUGUAUCAUAACUGUAAUUGAUAAUAACUACAAAACUAGAAUCGUGGCAUGUGCAAUCAUCGAAGAUGAAACAUUGGAUACUUAUCGUUGGAUAUUUAAUAAUUUACUUACUGAAACAG